AGGCCAAACAGAGUGGUCAGUCUGUUUUCAUAGUUAAUUUAUUUUUCUAAUUUUUUCAUUUUGCAUGAUGAUGGGAAUGGAUUUUCAUGAGCUCAUCGUUGCAGCAGUGAGUCUCAUAGGCUUCAUAUCGCUUUAUAAACCCAUCCUGAGGUUUUUCAGGGGGGUAUGGAUCAUUUUCUUGAGACCCCCAAAGAAUCUCAAGGACUAUGGUUCAUGGGCAAUCAUCACUGGCUCCACCGAUGGAAUCGGCAAAGCCUUUGCCUUUGAGUUAGCAUCAAAGGGUCUUAACCUGGUCUUGGUUGGUCGAAACCCUUCGAAACUAGAAGCUACAUCAAAUGAGAUACACAAAAGAUUCAAUAAUAACAAAGUUGAGAUCAAAAGUCUGGUUAUCGACUUUGAAAAAUCUAGUGGGGAGGAGAUAUGUGAGGUGAUGGAGGACGGUAUUGAAGGUUUAGACGUUGGAAUUCUGAUAAAUAACGCUGGAGUUGCGUUCCCUUAUGCAAGAUUCUUCCAUGAAAUUGACUUAGAGUUGAUGAACAGUGUUCUAAAGGUGAACAUAGAUGGAUCAACCUGGAUAACCAAGUCUGCACUUCCCAGUAUGCUGAAGAAGAAAAAGGGAGCCAUAGUUAAUAUCGGCUCCGGUUCCUCCGUUUGUCUCCCUUCAUACCCUUUGUUUUCCAUUUAUGCUGCCGCCAAAGCGUAUAUUGCAAUGUUCUCCAGAAGCAUUUAUCUAGAAUACAAGAAACAAGGAAUUGAUGUUCAGUGCCAGAUUCCGCUAUUUGUUGCAACGAAGAUGACGAAGUUCAAGAGAUCUUCCUUGUUCAUUCCGUCGGCAGAAACAUAUAGUAAAGCAAGCAUGAAAUGGAUCGGCUACGAUCAUCUUUGUUUGCCGUAUUGGCCUCAUUCAUUGCAGUGGUUCUUAUUGUAUGCACUGGUCCCCGAUGCGUUACUGAAUCGGUGGAUUUUUCGAUAUUUUCGUGGAAUGCGCAAUAGAGGACAACAAAAAGACUCCGUCAAAUUCAAUCACCAUCAUAAUGAAUGAUAGUCCUAAUCCUAUCCCCUUCAGGAAGUAGGUAAAAAUCUCGUAAUAAGCACUUGAAUUUAUCCAUCUGUAACUGAAAGUUGAUAUUGUUUUCAGUGGAGAUAAUUACAUAUUCCUCGUCUUAUCUUUCAAUAACA